AUAAAAUGUCAAAAAUUAUUUCUGUGUUUGUUGCAAUCAUUGCUAUUGCAAUGAUUACUGUUUUGUAUACACCAAUCAUUCCCGACUUUGAAGUACAUAGAUGUCCAUUCUGUUAUGGUAGAGACUUUUGUCCUAACAAGCAGGUUUCUUUAAGAAUGUCAUCAUUUAAGGACAUAAUAAACAAUUUGAUAAGCGUAAAAAAUGUAUAUACUACUACGAAUGGACUGGUUUUAAAGAAAUUAGGCCACACAAAAGAUUUGAAUACCAUGGAUUUCCUGAUAUGCGUGUUUCACCGAUCACAUGUCAUGGAACCGUGCGAGUUUCAAGAUGUAGAUCUACAUCGUACGAAUUAUACCCAGGCAUUGCAUUACAAUAUGAAAACCAAUCAUUAUAACGGAUUCAGAGUAUGUGGCCGUAACGUAGACGAUUCAAUUGAUAUUUUAAUCAGGAGAAUUUUGAAACCUGAUGGAGGUAAAGAUGUGAUGAAUGUGAUUAAUUUAUGGGUAAUCAGUAUAAUAAAUGGUGAACCAUUAUUUUAUAAAGCUUUUGACGCGCAACACUUUUCGUUGCCAAUUUAUUAUGGGGCUUGUGGACGUUUAAUUGCAGUUGAAGAUUGUGGGCAAAAUUUGAAUGAAUAUGAAGACUAUAACUGGUUAUCAAGAGCGAGAAUUGCCAGAUCUAUAAUUGGUUUGGCUUUGAAGUUUACUUCUGGAGAUGAUGAUUUUCGAAUUUAUUUAACUGACGUGUCCCCAGACAAUAUAGUUGUUAAUAAAACAACACUCAUUGCAAAAUUUGUUGAUUUUGGCAAUAUUCUUAUCGUAAGAAAGUCAAAUGUUUCAAGUGUUCAUCACAGUGACCACUAUCCUAAUGCGGUUGAGCAUAUCUAUAGCGAAGAAAACGUUUGCCAAAGUUCAAUUAGUGAUCAUAAUAUCUACAGUAUUUGCAGGUUCAUUAUCUCAUCGAGUGCUCCGUGGCCGAUGAUGAAAGGAGGGCUGCUACAUUCAAUUCCAAUUAAAAUAAGUGAAGAAAAUCCACAGUUAGAACAAUUAAUUACAAAUUGUGUGCAACCAAACGAGGAAAUGGAUAGUGGUGAUAGAUUUGCAGCUAUUUUUAAACUUGAUAAUGCUCUGAAAGAUAUAUUGGGAAUGCAUCCGAUUGACACUUCUAAUUUACAAUUGGGAUAAUCUGAAUGGAGAUAAAUAAAUGUUUCGUUUAAUCCAAUUCAUUGUCCGGAUCGAUAGUGUCCUGUCGGAACAUUUCGACAUCGGCUUGACUGUCUGCAUGUACAAGUGUUUUUUGGGUCCCAGGCUGUAAUCAAAGGAUAAUAAAUGUGUGAAACUUG